AUGUUUGCAUAUGAGCUUAGCAUGCAUUUAUGGAGGUACCAUCUUGCUGAGAAAUUCUUUUUGCGUUGCUGGCCUGCCAAAUUUUGCCAGGCUGACAACGAGGCGGCGGGCUGCAGAGGCUGUCAGGUUUCCAGCGGUGCACCGAUUCCAGAUGGGAUCGUGCACGGACCCACCAAAAAGAACGGCUCCGGCAAGCGUAAACAUUUGGAUACGACAGAGGAGCAACGCGGUCGCUCUCUGAUCUCAUCAAUUUCCGCGACGCUUACGAUACUACGAAUCAUGAAUACUCGAUCGCAGUUCCGUGGCGGCAUGCAAGUGCAUGCUGUGCCAGAGACAGAAAGAGCAAUAGGCGCAAAUGGGCAGCGGCUUCCUUGGGCAUACGAAUACGCAGAAUCUUCUCACAUUGAUUCCCGAGAGAAAGGCCCCUUUGGUCGGUCAACACGAAGAAGGACACCAUCACGGAGCAAAACCGCUACACCUUCGCGAAAAGAGGACAAAGAUGCUGCGGAGAAUUGGCGUGCAAUUGAUGACAUUUUCAAGAGAGCCAAAGAAGCAGACGAGGCAAGAGAAUUGGCCCGUUCAACAGCUGCCCCUGUAGCGGGAGUAUUGCCAGCGCCAGAAAGCCAGGAAAUCAAGAGUACACCAGCUGGGACACCAACUGAAGUUAUUCUGUAUGGAUUUGCACCAGGUUUUCAAUAUGCGGCGAUUGAGUUCUAUGAGCGGGCUAGCAGGGGUAUAAUACUGGAAGACUACGAUCGGUACCCGCCAAACCCGCGUUAUUCAAACUCGCUGUCGAUGAGACAAUCACGGGGGCCGGGCCUGAAAUUAUCGAAGGAAGCUCUGCGAAAGAAGAACACUCAUCGAGGAGGCACACACUGGAUAAAAGUAACUUUUGACAGUGCUGAGGCGGCUGACUUGGCUUGCGCAGCUAGUCCUCAUGUCAUCAACGGGUACAUCGUCCAUGCCGAAUUGUAUAGAGGAGAAGGUCCUGCGGGAGGCGAUGUUGCGAUUUUAGCGACGCCACAAGCGCUUGCAAGUGCAACGGCGAGCCCGUCUCAACGAAGCUCUACAACGGCCCGAGAUGUCAGUACAGAAACAGCGUCAACAGCGACUGCAACAACGGCGGCAACAAUUCUUCCCGACCCUUUUGUCGCCCCUAGCACACAGAGACCAACAUCUCCAACCUCAACAGUCCCCGUUCAAAAUACUUCCGUCUCUUCAAGCAUGGCCCUGAAAGAGCGGCCUCUCCGCAUUCGGGGCGCCAAGCGCGCAGUGCUGCUCCCUGCUGACCAGGCCCUUGUCCCAGGGAAGAAUGCCACACAGCGAUUCAUUGAGGCAGUGCCUAUCUUGGGUUGGUUUUUCUCCGGGAGCAGCGAUCUGAUCGGUGAGGGGGUGCCGAGACGGGACGACGAGACAGUAGACUGGGACUCUGUAGGCAUCUACUGGAAAUUCUGGUGGUGGAUUGAUUGGUGGUUCGGAACAGAUUACUGCGGGCUGAAAGGAGACGACUGAAGAGAGAGGAGGGAUAUUUGCUCAUUCUCAAAACGGAUUUAGCUCGGCAUUUGGGGUUUGAUUGUGAUUAGAUGUGAACGGGAUGCAUAGCAUUGGCGUUGGUAGGUGGUAUGAACUCCUUGAAGUGCCGAUGACACUAAGUUUAAUAUCUUUUUAUUGUCGUGCAACCAUAAAUUUCGACUAUUGAAAAUCGCCCGUUGUGCCAAGUAAUGUUUU